AUGAUAAAGCGGAUGAUUUCUAUGCUUUUAUUUGGCUUUUAAUUGCCAUCUCCAUGAUAUUAAAUGUUAUUCCUGUUACCUCAAACACCAAUUCUAUCACACUGAUCAAAACUACUCCUAAACAUUCUUGGAAUGAAAUUGUUCGAUUCAAUAGAGAUUAUCUUAAGUUUAGAUACGAAAAUUUAAUCCGUGGCUCUGAUCAAUAUGCCCUUAAUAAACUCGUAUCUGCUGAAAAAAGAUCUAAAAGCGUUAAUUUAACAGAAUCUGAGGAUUCAAUUGGAUUCUAUGGAUCUGUCGUUAUAGGUGGUCAAAAAUUUAACGUUAUGUUCGACUUAUUUAGUUCUGAUCUUUUGGUUCCUUUAGCGCCUUGUUGUAUUAGCCCCAAUAAAUUUAACGAAAGUUUAUCGAAAACAUUUAGACACAUUGGUAAAAAAUUCACUGCUUUUUUCGGACUUACAGAAGCCGAUGGUGUUCUUGGAGAAGAUAAUCUUUUAGUAGGCGGGAUAAAAUCUGACCAAAUAUUCGGUCUUAUAACUUCAGAAAAUGGAUUUUUUUUGUUAGCUGAAUAUGACGGUAUAUUUGGUUUGGGUUUAGAUAGUCUUAGUCAGUUCAAUACUACGUCGCCUUUUUCAAAAAUGGUUAAACAGAAGGCCGUAAAAAAUCCUUAUUUUAGUCUUCAUUUAAAUGGUGAGGGCGACGCGGGAACAUUAACUCUUGGCGACAUUGACACAACUAAAUUCACCGGUAAACUUAAUUACCAUAAAGUAUCUACAGUUAAAGGUAAAUAUGUGAUUUGGAUGACUAAUUUGGACGACAUUUCUAUUAAUGCAAUUAAAGGAUCAAAAUUGAUAUUUGAUGAUGCUGGAGGAACCUAUGUUGUGCCCUGUAACACAACUGAUAAAGUAGAAUAUAUAUUUAGUGGAAUUAAUUAUCCUUCAAACCCGAUCUUUGCGCUGUCAGGUAGUAGUUUUUGUAUUUCUUCAGUUCAAUAUGAAGAUUUUGUUGAUGAUAAUACUUUUAUUAUUGGAGGCUCAUUUUUAAGAGAUGUUUACUCAGUUUAUAACAUAAAAGAUUUUACGAUUGGACUUGCUCCCAUAUCUAAAUAA